GCGGCAGACGGACAUGUUGGAAGUUUCCACAGAGAUGUGUUGAUGUGGCUGGAUUCCAGAGUCUGCUGCUAAAGUUGAAUUGUAAACAAUAUUCAUGGAUAACUCCGGGAAAGAAAAAGAGGCCAUCGCUCUCAUGGCUGAAGCCGAGAAGAAAGUGAAGUCCACGCAGUCGUUCUUUGGCUCUCUGUUUGGGGGCUCUUCAAAGAUGGAGGAUGCUUGUGACUUGUAUGGAAGGGCAGCAAACAUGUUCAAGAUGGCCAAGAACUGGAGUGCUGCAGGAAAUGCUUUCUCCCAGGCGGCGCUCCUACACCUGCAGAUGCAGAGUAAACAUGACGCAGCCACAAACUUCAUUGAUGCCGGCAAUGCCUUUAAAAAAUCAGACCCUCAAGAGGCCAUAAACUGCCUGAACAGGGCCAUUGAGAUCUAUACAGACAUGGGUCGAUUUACCAUUGCGGCAAAACACCACGUCACUAUUGCUGAAGUUUAUGAGACCGAACUGGUUGACAUUGACAAGGCCAUAGCUCACUAUGAACAGGCGGCAGACUAUUACAAAGGCGAGGAGUCCACAAGUUCAGCCAACAAGUGCCUGCUCAAAGUUGCCACCUAUGCAGCUCAACUGGAACAGUACCCUAAAGCCAUUGAAAUCUAUGAACAGGUUGCAACACAUGCAAUGGACAGCUCUCUGUUGAAGUACAGCGCAAAGGACUAUUUCUUUAAGGCAGCUCUCUGCCACUUCUGUGUGGACAUGCUAAAUGCGAAGCUUGCCGUCCAGAAGUAUGAGGAAAUGUUUCCAGCCUUUUCAGAUUCACGUGAAUGCAAAUUGGUGAAGAAACUUUUAGAUGCCUUUGAGGAACAGAAUAUGGAUGCAUAUACUGACGCUGUAAAAGAAUAUGACACCAUCUCACGACUGGAUCAGUGGCUCACCACCAUGCUGCUUCGUAUCAAGAAAUCCAUACAAGACGACGAAAGCGACCUUCGCUAAGAUCCUCUUCCUCCCCCCUGCCCCUUGCCGCUCACUCUGCCUCGUGCCUUUAACACCGUGACUUCAGUAUGAUGGUCGACUAUCGCCCUCUUUUACCACCAACUCAACUCUCAGUGCCUUAACGCCCUUGCUUUACCUCUCUCUCUCUCUCACUCUCUCUCUCUCUCUGACACGGCCAUACCGCCAGACCUCAGAGAACACUAAAGAUAGGAAGGCUGGUUGUUUAAAUGAGAUUUGAGGGAGUGUUGCAUGAGAGCUGAAACCAGCUACAGUAAUAUUACAGGGUGCUGUGCACACCAAGCUUCAGAAAUGCCUUGUGCUCUGGCUGACACAGAGCACCCAUAUUACUGAGCACAAAAACAUUUGUUCAAUUCUUUAGUAGUGGCAUAUGUAUUUUUAUUCUUAUCGGAAAUACCAUACUUUGUAUCUGCUUAUUUUUUGCUUGCUGAUUCCUGCGUAGACUAAUCUUGAAAAAUGCUAUUCCUGUUUUUUAUUUUGACAUAUGGAGAAGAAAAGAGUAAAAGAAGGACUGAUUCAGCCUAUACAGUGUGGUUUUAUUGAGUUCCCAAAAAGGGAGAAACAAGUAUUGGCUUGUUUCCGCCUUUCUUGUAAUUUGGUCAUUGGUAAAUAUAUGUAACGGUUAGUCUUGCUAUGAAUUCAUUGUUCUUUUAAAGCUAAGAAAACGAAAGUUUAAUUCCUGGUUAAAUAAAGGACUAAAACCAAACCCUAUAUGUGACCCUGGACCACAAAACCAGUCAUAAGGGUCAAUUUUUUUAAAAUUGAGACUUAUACAUAAGCUGAAAGCUUUCUAUUGAUGUAUGGUAUGUUAGAAUAGGACAAUAUUUGGCUGAGAGACAACUAUUUGAAAAUCUGGAAUCUGAGGGAUUAAAAGGGAUUAAAAAUUAAGUUUUGAUAUAUUUACAGUAGGAAAUUUACAAAAUAUCUUCAUGGAACAUGAUCUUUACUUAAUAUCCUAAUGAUUUUUGGCAUAAAAGAAAAAUAGAUCAUUUUGACCCAUACAAUGUUUUUUUGGCUAUUGCUACAAAUAUACCCCAGCGACUUUGUGGUCCAGGGUCACAUAUGGUUAGAGCCUUACGAAGCACUGUAAUUGAGUUAGUGCCAAAAUACAAAUAUCUUGGUUUUAUAUUUGAUUAUCUUUAUUUAUUUAUUUUUUUUAAAUCUUGUGUAAAUCAAUUACAGUCGAAACAGAAGUUAAAGCUGGGGUUUCAUUUUAGAAAUAAAGUCUAUUUUUCAUUGGAGGCAAAAAAGAGAGUAGUUUCUGCUACUUUUUUGCCAGUUCUUGAUUAUGGAGAUGGUUACAAAUUUGCACCUGCCAGCUUUUAAUGUUCUUUAGACAUGCUCUAUCAUGGUGCACUCAGGUUCAAAACAAAUUGUCAUUUUAGAGUUGUAUAAUAUAGCAUGUUAGUAUUCAUUAUCAACAUGCAGACUGAAGCAUUACCUGUUCAUUUAUAAAUCCAUUUUGGUUCUAUUGUCAUAUCUUUGUUCUCUUACUCAACAGCAAAUUUUAAUGCAUGCUCUUCACAUACACAGAACUUGUUUACCCUUUCAAUUCCAUUUGUAAGAAGAAACAAGGGAAAGCAGCUUUUUUGUUAUGACACAUCUAUUGAUUAAAAUACUUUACCAAUUGUUACCAAAAAUUCUGGUAAAGAAAGAUUCGAAUCGCCGAUGUUUUAAAUAUGUAUUUGUAUGGUGUUUGUUGAUUUGUAACAUUUUUAAAAAUUCUGUAGCUGCUCAUCUUGGCCAGGACAAUUCUGAAAAAGAGACAUUUAGUCUCAUAAAGUUUAUUUCCUGAAUAAAUAAAAUACAAAUAAAAUUAAGGGUCAUUCCCACUGUUUGGUGGCUUGUGAGCUAAACAGAUUUGUCAUGAAAAAAAGUUAAAAAAAAUUAAUUAAAACAUCAAUUAAUUGAUAAUUAAAAGAUUAACUUUAAGAAUUUUAAUAGAUGUAUAAAAUCUAUAUAUAUAUAUAUAUGUAUAUAUGUGUGUGUGUGUGUGUACUAACGAGUCACAUGACACCGGGGAGAGAAAAUGGCUAAUUGGACCUAAUUUGGACAUUUUCACUUAGGGGUGUACUCAUUUUUGUGGCCAGCGGUUUAGACAUUAAUGACUGUGUUGAGUUAUUUUGAGGGGACAGCAAAUCAGUUCAUCUUGGGAAUGACAGAUACAAGUGCUUUACAUGCCAGAGGGAUUCUGAGCCAUUCAUCUUGCAGAACAGUGGCCAGGUCACUCCCUCAAAGCGGCUCAAUGAUAUUCAGAUCUGGUGACUGUGCAGGUCAUGGGAGAUGAACUUCAGUUUCAUGUUCCUCAAAGUCAUACCGUGUGUAUUGGUGCAUUAUCAAGAGGAUACAUGGCACCAGUACAUUGAACCAUGUGGUCCUUCAGAAUGGUUGGGUAUUCCUCAGCAUUAGCACGAGUGACCAAAGGUUUGGCCAUAGCAGUUUGAUCAUAUUGACCUUGUGAAGCUCCCAAUGAACACUUUUGGUGGAAACAGGACAGUCAUGGUGCACAUUUCAUUCUGUAGUGUGUUAGGAAGCUGUGGUUUUAUGUUUGUUUUGAGUACAAUCGAGGUUAAUAACCUGUACAUCCCUUUCAGACAGCGUCCUCUUGUUGACAGCUACUCCUGUUAGAUGUGGUUCAUCCUUCAUGCUGGCAUUAGUCUGGAUACUGUAUCUCUCUUUACACCACAAAGACUUGCUGUUCAGAUGCGCCACAAGAUGUGCACCAAUGAUUUAAACUCUGAUAUGUGUCACAUGUUGACCUAGUUUCCUUAGUUCCCCUGAUUAGUUAAUUAGUUCCACACCUGUUUCUGCUUCCCCUUGAUUAUGUUUAAUAUGUAAAGCCUGUGUUCAUCAUUGUUUCUUUGUCUGCUAUUUAUUUGAUCUAUGUGUUUGCUUUGCUCCUGGAUGAUUUCUGUUUCUUAUUUGGAUUUUCAUUAAAAGACUCUGUUUUGACAUUA